AUCAAAUUGUUCUUUCAGGAACUUAUAAGCCAAGGAUCCGCUGUUUUGACACCUACCAGUUAUCCCAGAAAUUUGAAAGAUGCUUAGAUUCUGAAGUGGUUACGUUUGAGAUUUUAUCAGAUGAUUACUCAAAGAUUGUCUUCUUGCAGUGUGACAGAUUUGUGGAGUUUCAUUCACAACAUGGCCAUUACUACAGGACAAGAAUACCGAGAUUUGGUAGAGAUUUCUGUUAUCACUAUCCAUCGUGUGACCUGUAUUUUGUAGGAGCAAGUUCUGAAGUAUACAGGCUAAAUCUAGAACAAGGAAGGUUUCUCAACUCCCUGCAGACUGAUGCCUCAGAGAGUAAUGUCUGUGACAUAAAUCCUGUACACUUCUUGUUUGCUAUGGGGACGGCUGAGGGUAAAGUGGAAUGCUGGGAUCCUAGAACAAGAAAUCGAGUUGGGCUAUUGGACUGUGCUUUAAGCAGUGUGACAGCAGACACAGAGAUAGAGGGUUUACCAUCCGUUUCAGCACUGAAAUUUGAUGGAGCUUUGAAUAUGGCUGUUGGAACAUCUACUGGACAGGUUUUAUUAUAUGAUCUCCGGUCUAGUAAUCCAUUAAUAGUCAAAGAUCACCACUAUGGCCUGCCUAUUAAGUCAAUUCAGUUUCAGCAUCAGUUGGAUUUAAUUAUCUCUGCAGAUUCUCUAAUCAUAAAAAUGUGGAACAAAGAUACAGGGAAGAUAUUUACUUCAAUGGAGCCAGAAUAUGAUAUCAAUGAUGUCUGCCUGUAUCCAAAUUCAGGAAUGCUAAUGACUGCCAAUGAAGCCCCUAAAAUGAAUAUCUAUUAUAUACCAGUUUUAGGACCUGCCCCAAAAUGGUGUUCCUUCUUGGACAACUUGACUGAAGAACUGGAAGAGAAUCCAGAGAGCACAGUUUAUGAUGAUUACAAAUUUGUUACCAGAAAAGAUCUUGAAAAUUUAGGCCUUGCUCAUCUUAUUGGAUCAUCAUUGCUCAGAGCAUAUAUGCAUGGCUUUUUCAUGGACAUAAGACUUUAUCAUAAGGCAAAAAUGAUGGCCAACCCCUUUGCCUACGAAGAAUACAGAAGAGAGAAAAUAAGGCAGAAGAUAGAAGAAACACGUGCACAGAGAGUUCAACUAAAGAAACUUCCAAAAGUCAAUAAAGAGCUUGCACUCAAACUGAUUGAAGAAGAGGAGGAGCAACAGGUUACUAGAAAAAGGAAACAGAAGAACCUGCCUAGCCUUCUCAAAGAUGAUCGUUUUAAGGUCAUGUUUGAGAAUCCAGAUUUCCAGGUGGAUGAGCAGAGUGAAGAAUUUAGGCUACUUAACCCACUUGUUUCUAAAAUAAGUGAGAAAAGAAAGAGGAAACUAAAGAUCUUAGAGGAACUAGAAGCACAAAACCAGGAAGAGGAGGAAGAACCAGAAGGAAAAGCAAGUGAUGCAGAAAGUUCUGAGAGUUCAGAUGAUGAAAAAGGCUGGGUUGAAGAGGUCAGGAAACAGCGCAAGCUUCUACGCCAAGAGGAAAAAGUAAAGCGGCAGGAAAGGUUCAAGGAGGAUCAGCAAACAUUACUGAAACCUCAGUUUUUUGAGAUUAAAGAAGGAGAGGAAUUCAGAAGCUUCAAAGACUCUGCCAAAAAACAAAAAUUAAUGAAGAAAACUCUUGGAGAUCGUUUAAAGCUUGAAGAAAAACUUGGCACGCUCAAUGUGUCUGAUACCACAGUAGGCAGCAAACAGGCAACAUUCAAAUUAAAGAAGACAGAGCAGCAGAAGAAACAGCAGGAAGCUGAGAAACAACAUCGUCAAGAAAGGAAAACUCUUAGGCGUUCUGCUAGUCAUCUCAAGAGCAAACGUGGAAGAGGACGACUGUUUCGUUGAUUUAUUUUAUAUCAUUUUUUAAAGAAACUUCUUUUAUCUCAUUUUUCAUUUGAAAAAGGGACCUUUUCAAAUUGGGACACAGUACCAAUGUAUUUGUAUUUUGAUUCACUGAUGAACGCAAAAACCAGAACUUGUUAAACCCUGUGUUAAUUAUUGAAAAGUUUAUAAAAGUAAAAGUAUUGACCAAUGGACAUUACAAGUAUGGCGUGUUAUAAAUUCCAGUGUGAACUGUAUUUGUGCAGAAAUCACCAGCAACUGGUUAUUGUGUAACCCUGGAUGUUUUUUAUAUAAGAAUUUAUGUAUACAAUGAGGCUGCCUGUCUUUUAUUUAACUUAAGAUCUGUGGGUUUUGCUUUCU